AGUCACAGGGUAUUGAAAACGCAGUACUUAUCUAUACCUUUAGAUGGCGCUAGCUAAUAUAUCCACCAUCAGGCGCUGACAACAACGAAGAAGAAACGAGGCGCCACAUUUGAAUAGUUCACCAAAAUAACUUGCUUGACGCAGUCAUUUUCUGGGCUUUUUCGAAAAGCGGUGGGUUCCAGGAAUUGAACAUGGAUACAACGGGAAGGUUUUUUUGGAAGCUGAAAAAGCUGGCGGUGACGCUGGAAACAGAAACAGUUAAACUGCAAAGGAGGUUUGAGAACCAACAGAACGACGACGAUGACGACGAGUCAUCGUCCAGGGCUUUGAGAGCGUUUCACGAAAUCAACUGCGACGUCCAAAACCUCAAGGGACUGGUUGAUGACACCCUUACUCAACAGAACACCCAUGAAAACAAAGUGACCGCUUUCAUCAAAAGCUGCAAAAUAGUUGAGCAACACAUUGCUGAGGAUAUUUCUAAAGUGAAGUCUCACUGGGAGAAAUAUGGUUACCAGGCUCCUUGUGCCAAAAAGCCAAAGGUACCAUCUACAGAAUCCAAAGACUCAGUGGAAGAAGAUAAAGUCACAGAUAAAAGUGAAAACAAAGAAUUGGCGAGCUUGGAAGAGCCAGACGGAAGCCUCUGCCCUGUUCCUAAUGUGCCCACUGACCGACUGCGAACACCACAAAUGUCGGACUAUGGCCUGUCUGAGAUGCACCUGAAGAGAAAGAUGGCAGAAUGGAUCUCAGAGGCUCCUCUGGCGCCCGAGUUGAGCGUUUCUCAACCGUCAAUGAAAACACCUGAACUACCCGUCAUGUCCGCCAUUCCCAAAUGUGUGCUGAAAAUGGAUGAGGAAGAACUCCAGACACCUCAGAUGGCCCAUUUUGGUAUCUCCGACGAGACCUUGUUUUUGAACAAUGACUUUACCAUGGAUCUUUUCCGCAAGGAUAAGGAUGUCAAAAAGCCUGCAAGAUCACUGCCAGAUCCCCCGACAACACCAGUGAACGCCAUAAAAACUGUUGAAGUAAAAGAUGAUGAGGGAUCUCCCGAGCAAUCGGUGGUCUGCACACCUGGGAACAUCCUUCCUGCCACUCCCGAGCUCCCUGUUUUCAAAACUCCCUUCAUGAAACACCUGUUGAGCAAGUCUAAACCAGCUGAGUCACAACCUGAAUUUUCCUGCACCGAUGACCUUCACGAAACACCGGUGGCCAAGCUUGGUUUCUGCGAGCAAGCGUGGGACGAUGAUGUCACUGGCGAUCUCAUACCGGUGAUGCCCAAACUAGAGUCCCAGCUGGGAAAUACUUUGCUAAGUAGUAUGAGAAAGCUUGAAAGAUCUAGAGCAGAGUCAUUCAUAGGAACGAUGGACAUGGAUGGACCCACUCAAGAAUUUCAUUUGAGGACGCCACAUCACGACAGAAUGUGUAUGGAGCCUUCCACGCCUGAGAUGCCAGACCUGAGUUCAGUCACUCUGGAUAUUUGUAAACUCGUGUCUCAGACUUAUUCCAAAGAUGCAGACGUUCCAAAAAAAGGGCAACGCAGUCUUCUAUUUUCUCCCAAAGUUGUGAAGCAGGUGAGCGAAAGUGAGUUUCUGACUUUACCAGCUUACCUGAGACAAAUGAGUCUGCCCAGCCUCAACCAGACUGUUGUCAACCUCAACCAGUUCAUUUCAGAACACCAAGGGGAGAAGACUGAAUUUCAGAUGGAGGAGCUGACCAGAGUCACCAAGGCUGGGACCAGAGCCCCAAUCUACAUUCUGUGUCUCAGUGAACUCAGGAGGCUGAAGCUGGUGGGAGGAGCCAGGAACACGUCUGUGUACAGACUCAAUGAUGAAAUCUAAUAAGUGACCCACCCUCCUAGUAUUUACAUAUAGUCUGUUUGUCUCUCUAAAUUGCACUUUUCGU